AUGGCGCCCAUGACCGUCGCUACGCGCGCCCUCGCGCGAGAGGCCGCCUCUCGAUCGCUCUCGUCCACCGCCGCCCGCGCCUUCUCGGCCUCGACCGCCGUGCGCGAUGCCGGCUCCUACUCGAGCCCCUUCAAGGGCGAGCAGAAGUCCACCCAGAUCCCCGACUGGACCAAGUACGCCUCCAAGGGGUCCUGGAACACCAACUCGCUCGUCAGCUACUUCAUGGUCGGAACCAUGGGUGCCAUCACCGCCGCCGGCGCCAAGUCCACCGUCCAAGGUUCGUCCUACCUACGAUCUGCCGACCACAUCCCGACACUCGCACCCGACACGGGAGACCGCGCCCCGGACCGCGCCGGACCAGGCCCUGGGCCGGUCUUCGGGGUUUCUUAUAUGGAAUCUACCCUACCAAUGGUUUUGUCCGCGUCGAUGAACGUGACAAGCACCACUGGGGGUGGUGGAAAGUUCUUGAAGAACAUGUCGGCCUCCGCCGAUGUUUUGGCCAUGGCCAAGGUUGAGGUUGACCUCAACGCCAUCCCCGAGGGCAAGAACGUCAUCAUCAAGUGGCGAGGCAAGCCCGUCUUCAUCCGCCACCGUACCGCCGAGGAGAUUGACGAGGCCAACAAGGUCAACGUGCAAUCAUUAAGAGACCCCCAGACCGACGAGGACCGUGUCCAGAAGCCCGAGUGGUUGGUCAUGUUGGGUGUCUGCACACACUUGGGUUGUGUGCCCAUCGGUGAGGCUGGCGACUUUGGUGGUUGGUUCUGCCCCUGCCACGGUUCUCACUACGAUAUCUCCGGCCGUAUAAGGAAGGGACCUGCCCCUCUCAACCUCGAGAUCCCCGCCUACGAGUUCCCCGAGGACGAGAAGCUGGUCAUUGGUUAA